CGUCCGAGCUCGGUGGCGCGCACGCCUGCGGGAGCCCUCUCCAGGCAACCCAGUGCUGAUCGCCGGUGCCGGUGCUGCCGUUCCCCCUCCGUAGCGGGAGGCGAGGCUCCAAAGCAGCCCCCUCCUCCUGCUGGGCUCACCCGCCACCCCCUUCCCGGUGGACCUCGGGGCAUGAGCAACGAUGGCGGGCUGCAUCCCUGAGGAGAAAACUUACCGGCGCUUCCUGGAGCUGUUCCUGGGCGAGUUCCGCGGACCGUGCGGCGGCGGCGAGCCAGAGCCCGAACCCGAAUCCGAGCCCGAGCCUGAAGCGGAGCUGGUCGCGGCUGAGGCGGCCGAGGCUUCGGGGGAGGAACCGGGGGAGGACGCUGCGACAGGAGCCGCGGCCGAGGAGGGGGAGCAGGACCAAGACCCCGAGCCCGAAGAGGAGGCGGUGGAGGAGGAGGCGGCGGCCGAGGGCGAGGAGGAGGAGGAGGAGGAGGAAGAAGCGGCGGCCCCGGGGCACUCGGCCGUGCCGCCGCCGCCGCAGCCCCAGCUGCCGCCGCUGCCCCCGCUCCCGCGCCCGCUGUCGGAGCGCAUCACCCGAGAGGAGGUGGAGGGCGAGAGCCUGGACCUGUGCCUGCAGCAGCUCUACAAAUAUAACUGCCCUUCCUUUCUGGCUGCUGCCUUAGCCAGGGCCACCUCAGAUGAAGUCCUCCAGAGUGACCUUUCUGCUCACUAUAUCCCGAAGGAGACGGAUGGCACAGAAGGGACUGUGGAGAUCGAGACAGUGAAACUGGCCCGCUCUGUCUUCAGCAAACUGCACGAGAUUUGCUGCAGCUGGGUGAAGGACUUCCCUCUGCGCAGGAGGCCUCAGAUUUAUUAUGAAACGUCAAUCCAUGCCAUCAAAAACAUGCGAAGGAAAAUGGAGGACAAACACGUCUGCAUCCCUGACUUUAAUAUGCUCUUCAACCUAGAGGACCAGGAGGAACAAGCUUACUUUGCAGUGUUUGAUGGCCACGGGGGAGUGGAUGCUGCCAUUUAUGCCUCCGUUCACCUACAUGUUAACUUAGUGCGCCAGGAGAUGUUCCCCCAUGAUCCUGCUGAGGCUCUGUGCCGGGCCUUCCGUGUCACGGAUGAGCGGUUUGUGCAGAAGGCAGCCAGGGAGAGCUUACGAUGCGGGACCACAGGAGUAGUCACUUUUAUCAGAGGCAACAUGCUCCACGUGGCCUGGGUGGGCGAUUCCCAGGUUAUGCUUGUAAGAAAGGGCCAAGCUGUUGAACUUAUGAAACCACACAAACCAGACAGAGAGGAUGAAAAGCAGCGAAUUGAGGCCCUUGGAGGUUGUGUAGUUUGGUUUGGUGCCUGGAGGGUGAAUGGAAGUCUAUCAGUCUCCAGAGCUAUAGGAGAUGCUGAACAUAAGCCAUAUAUCUGUGGAGAUGCAGACUCUGCCUCAACUGUUUUGGAUGGGACUGAAGACUACCUCAUUCUGGCCUGUGAUGGCUUCUAUGAUACAGUGAACCCUGAUGAGGCAGUGAAGGUUGUGUCUGACCACCUGAAAGAGAAUAAUGGAGACAGCAGCAUGGUUGCCCACAAAUUAGUAGCAUCAGCUCGUGAUGCAGGGUCAAGUGAUAACAUCACUGUUAUUGUGGUAUUCCUGAGGGACAUGAACAAAGCUGUAAAUGUUAGUGAGGAAUCAGAUUGGACAGACAACUCUUUUCAAGGAGGGCAAGAAGAUGGUGGGGAUGAUAAGGAGAAUCAUGGAGAGUGCAAACGCCCUUGGCCUCAGCACCAGUGCUCAGCACCAGCCGAUCUAGGCUAUGAGGGGCGUGUGGAUUCAUUCACUGAUAGAACUAGCCUGAGCCCAGGGCCCCAAAUCAACGUGCUGGAAGAUCCAGACUACCUAGAUCUCACACAAAUAGAAGCAAGCAAACCUCACAGUACCCAAUUUUUGCCACCAGUUGAGAUGAUUGGUCCUGGUGCACCAAAGAAAGCAGAUCUUAAUGAGCUAAUAAUGGAGGAAAAAUCAGUCAAGUCUUCAUUGCCUGAACGGAGUGGUGCUGGAGAGUUUCUGGCUUCUUUUAAUUUGGGUUCAACAGGGCAACAGAUAUGCAGAAUGGAGAGCUUGUCUCCUGUCUGUUCUGGGUUGGAAAAUGAACAGUUCAAAUCCCUGGGGAAAACAGCGUCUAGAUUGUACCAUUUACGCCACCACUACUCCAAAAGGCAGCGUGCAUUCAGGUUUAAUCCAAAGUUUUAUUCAUUUCUUUCUGCUCAAGAGCCUUCUCACAAAAUAGGCAUUAGCCUCUCCUCACUUACUCGAAGUGGGAAGAGAAACAAGAUGUUAAGAAGUUCUUUGCCAUGGAGGGAAAAUAGCUGGGAAGGAUAUAGUAGAAACAUGAAGAUUAGAAAGUGUAACGAUAUUCCAUGCCCAGACCUUCCUUGGAGCUAUAAAAUAGAAGACUUUUCUUCAAUGUAGGCUAGCUAGCUCUCUCAAAAAAAUACAACUAUCAGAGUAGAAACAAGGUAGA